GAGACUAUUUUGAGGAAAUAUUGCUUGUGCUGCUGGCAGACUCGUGGCUUACUUGAAACAGAAGAGAAAUUUUUCUACUGAAAAUGCACAUGCAUUAACAGAUUGAUGUUGAAAUAACAUAGGAAUGAAAUUCAGGACUUGGAUUAAGUGCCUUUUUUGGAAUUUAAUGGCUUUGUGGAUAAUCUGGAGUUUUACUGACAGUGAAAAAGCAGACUUAUUAUUUCGAUGUUUGCUGGGAUUGUUAUGUGAUAAAACUACUUUUCGAUAUCUGAGAGACUGCUGGCUGAUUUUAGCCGCUGAGACCAAAGAUGUUGUGCAGACUUGUACAUUAAAAAAUUGUGGAAUAUACUUGCCAGAUUAUUUUUCGAUGGAUGAUGUUUGCAACGAUCAUCUCACGUAUGAUAAUAAGAAACGAUGCUUCAUCAUGUGCACUCAGGCUCUGAUGGAUCAUGUGGAAAAAUUACAGAAGAAUCCAGCAUUCAGUUUAGUAUAUGAAAGUGCACUUCAAUCAGGGAAUUGCUUAGAGCCUGUUCUAAGACCAUGUAUAACCUUGUGAUUCUUCGACAAUACAUCUAGAUUUGAAGAUUUGUCGCUAUUGAGUAAAUGAACAUAAAUUCAUAUUUAUUUACAUGUU